ACAACAAGGCCUCGGACAGGAGGAGGCUCAGGGAGGUAGGUAGCCCAGGUUGGAUGGGAGAUAGUCCCGGCUAACUGGUGUUGUCAGUAGGACUUCAGCCAAGUGGAAUAGUAGGUCACCUUUUGGAGGAGCCAUGGCUAUCUUGUUUGCAGUAGUUGCAAGAGGCACUACCAUACUUGCAAAGAAUGCCUGGUGUGGAGGGAAUUUUUUGGAAGUGACUGAACAGAUACUAUCAAAGAUUCCAUCAGAAAAUAAUAAAUUGACCUAUUCCCAUGGAAAUUACUUAUUUCAUUAUAUUUGUCAAGAGAGGAUAAUAUACCUGUGUAUCACAGAUGAUGAUUUUGAACGAUCACGAGCAUUUACCUUUCUAAAUGAAAUAAAGAGGAGAUUUCAAACCACAUAUGGUUCAAGGGCACAAACCGCACUGCCUUAUGCAAUGAACAGUGAAUUUUCCAGUGUGUUGGCUGCACAAAUGAAAUACUUGUCAGAAAACAGGAACUCAGAACGUAUCUCAGAGACUCAAGCACAAGUAGAUGAGUUAAAAGGAAUCAUGGUCCGAAAUAUUGAUUUGGUGGCACAAAGAGGAGAAAAGUUAGAGCUGUUGAUCGACAAAACUGAGAACUUAGUGGAUUCUUCAGUCACAUUUAAAACCACCAGUAGAAACCUGGCCAGAGCGAUGUGUAUGAAAAACCUCAAGCUUACAAUCAUUAUUGCCAUUGUAGCGAUCGUUGUCAUUUACAUCAUUGUGUCAGCAGCAUGUGGAGGUCUCUCAUGGCCAAGUUGCAUCAAGAAAUGAGUAGGAGCCAUAGUUCUAUUCGUUGGAAGGAAUAAUGAAGAAAUCUAGUUUUAACCACUGGCACAAGGAUUUCAUUGGAGAUCUGCGUGUAAUAUUUCAUCUUUUCUGCCUCCAGAUACCAUGCAUUGAAAGGCUAUAGUUUCUGCUUGCCUUAUUUCAGACAUUUUUAUACUUUCAUAUUAAUUGAAGGAGUUACUGCAUUACAACUGAAAUACAAAACCAUAUUUUAUUCGCAUAUUCAGUGAUUGUGAAAUAAUUGUUCUAAACUUUUUAAAAUUAAUAUAGUGCAUUAUUCUGAGUGACUUGAAUCAACCUGUUGAGCACUUUCUAAAAUUGUGUGCAGGGAUACUUUCCUGUCGUCAUUCCUUUAGAGUAGCACUAAGUCAAUUGUGAUUACCUUCCUUUUCUCUUCAGUGCCCCCUCUUACCCCCAGUAAAAUCUGAAUAAUGCAACAUGCUGAGUUAUCUGAGUGGAAACAGAUAAUAAAACCACUGCUUCCUCUGAUCCGCCCAGGAAUGUUCUAUCCACCUCUUGAUGCAAAUUGGGGAACAGUAAUGAUAAAUUGCUCCAUUUUACAUCAGUUUGGAAAGUGUAUGAGUGUUGCAUAUCUUCAGAACUGAGACACAGUAUUAAGCAAAAGUAGAGAUAUGUGGAAAGAAGCCGUAAUGAAUGGAAAUCCUUACUGGACCAAUGUAUAAAUGUAAAUAAGUUUAUUAUGCCAGUCAUGUGGCCAGUAUUUAUGUACAGUACAUCCCAGCAAACAAAUCAUAAAUGUGCUACAAAUACCAUGGUGAACCCAAAUGGUAACGCUGCUGUAUGUAGAGCUUUUGUUAGCCAAACUUCUUUGUAUAUUUUUUUUAUGGUUCAUUGUAUUUGUACAGCUUUGAUCCCUUUGCAGAUAGAAUGAGUGUCAGCUUAAAUGUUUGAGUUUUUUUAUAAAACUGCACCGACUUUUUUGAGCAGCCUCUAGGAUGCAGUUUCUAAGCAUGUUUUCUGGACCCAGAGGCAGCAAGCUUUUAAAGUCAUAAAACCUUAAAUUCCUGUAUUAUGUGGAUUUGGGUUCUUCAGUGGAUGGAGAUUACGCAGGGAUUCAUGGUUUCAUGAUGUGUUUUUUAAAAAAAAGUCGCACUGCCUUUUCAUGUCUGAGAUCUGGAUUUACAUCCAUUUCAAGAAAAAUGAAGGUCAUCCCUCUCUUCACCUCCCAAUCUUUCUGCUAUGAAUGCUUCUCAAAUAUGAGAUAUUGAUUUGUAUCUAGCUCAGCUCCAUGAGAGAGAACUAGUAAAGCUCCUAGCUAGUGUGUGCUUAGACCGUUUGUUCAAUUCCUAGUACUUAUAUUGAUACUAUGAAUGAAUCUCGAGUGCAAGAAAAUGUUUUUCAUUUGAUUUGUGUCGCCAAACACUUGGGUCAUAGUUGUGCCAAUUGUUGGAUAAAAUGCUGUGCAGAAUGAUUCCUAUUAAUCACUUGGUCCAUUAGGUAAGAGAAAUGUAGCAUUUAUACUGUCUUCUAUCAGUACUGGAUUAACAAGAUGGGAGGGUAAUAUCAAAGUACCAACCUGUGAUUAUAAACAUUAUUUCUUUAAGAGCUGUUGUCAAGCAUAAAUCAUAGCCUGUUGGUAACUGGGUUCUCACAGUUGGAGCUAAAACACUGCUGUUUUUCACAAAUGUGUUACACUUGUAUUUUAGUUCUAUAUUUUAAUAGCAAAUCUGUUAAUGAACACCCACUUCUAAAGAAUCUGCUCAAUGGGCUGUCAUUAGUGUUCCAACUUACGUUUGUGCUAUCACAUCCUUGCCUUAACAAGCACAAAUUUACAGAAGGAGGGCUUUGAGUUAGCAUGUGAUUUCUGAAGCAAAUGUUAUUUAGUGACUUAUAUUUAUUUUUAUCAAGACUUAUGCUUGGGUUCCUUUGUGUUCUCUUCAUACUUGGCAUCUCAAGCAAUUGUGUAGAUGAAAGCAACCCUAGAUGUUAUAAAAGCUGUCCUUUUUUAAUUAACAGGGUAAUAGUCCUAGCUCACUGGUACAUCCCAUGCCCCAUUUUACUGAUAUGCUCACACUCUUCACCAUAACACUUUCCAAUAGACUCAGAGGAUGUGUAUUCAAAUCACUGUCCAAGUUUUAAAACUGCUUAAAUUGGAAAUGUAUUAAAUAAAAUCAUAGAAUCUUGCUCUUGUUAAAAUGUGUUAAUCACAAUUGUAAUGUAUAAAUUGUGGCUGUGUAUAAGAAGCUUUCGCUCUUGUACUUUGCAUUAUAUUGAAUGGUAAAAUAAAUUGUUUAAACAUAGAACUUCAUGUGCAUUGAAUUUCAAAACAUUUUAUUUGUUUUGAUAAUUGGUGCUGUACAGCAUUUUAAAUGUAAGCAUUUGUGAAGCUACGGACAUAGCCCCAUCUGGACUCAAUUCUCCAGAGAGGGUUGGUGAGUGUUGUCCAAAUCUUUGAGAUUAUUUUAUUACACAUAGCCACAUUUGUAUUGAUAUUAGUUAUUACUGUCUUUUUAAUUUUAUUUGUAAUGUACAGAGAUUGAGGUACUUCAUUAACAUUAGCCAAUGAUAUUUUAUGUAUUAAAUGUCAAGCUUACAGAAGGA